AUGGCCAUGGCGGUGCCGCCCCACAUCUCGGCGCUAUGGUUCCCAACCGAGCAGCGGACCACGGCCACUGGCCUAUCCAGCAUCGCCAACCGGUUGGGCGGCAGCGGCGCCUUCCUCAUCGGGCCGCUGAUCGUGCGACAGCCGGACGGCGUCAACACUGACGCCACCAGGGAUGACGUCAUGACGUUAAUGUACGUGGAGGCGGGGUUUCUGGCCGCCCUGUUCCUGGCGGCGCUCGCCGCCGCCGCGCCCACCGCGUCGUUCUGGAGCGGGCUGCGGCAGGCGGCGAAAGCUCCUGACCUGCCGUGGGUGGUAGCCGUGUACAGCCUCUCACUCGGCGUUCCGGCGGCCUACUUCGGAGUGCUGGAUAUCAAUGUUGGGCAGAUAGGCGUCACCCAAGACGAGGCCGGCUGGCUAGGCUUCUGGGCGGGCAUAAGUUCUUCUCUGUCGGCGCUUGUCGUGGCCUGCCUGACAGACAUCUUCCGGGGCCACAUGAAAGCCACCAUCAUUGGCCUCCUCACCUGUGCAGCCGCCUGCUUUGUUUGGCAGCUGGCGCUGAUCGCCGAGUGGCUGCCCUUUUCACUGUCAAUGCUCUACUGCUCGACGCUGCUGUCGAUUUCGUUCGCGUAUUCUACGUCGCCGCUCCUCCUCGAGUACGCCGCCGAGCUGAGCUACCCCGUGUCCACGGACGUCAUCGGCGCCAUCAUAAGCUUUUGCUUCAACCUGGUGUCUGCGCUCUAUCUCGUCCUGUUUCUCAUCAAGCCGCUCAGCGAGAAUACGUGUGCUCAGGAGUAA